AACUUAGUUAACAAAUGUUCAGAUCUUUGGCAAAAACAUUCGUUGGUCCUGCGACAAGACCUGCGACAAGACCCACGUCUCUUUCCAGUAAGAGAUUCUCCUCUAUCAUAUCAGUUCACAGAAAUAAGGAUGUGGACAACCCCAGCUUACCAUUUGAGUUCACCUCCGAAAACUUGAAGAGAGCUGAUGAAAUUAUUUCCAAAUACCCACCUCAAUACAAAAAGGGGGCCUGCAUGCCAUUAUUGGACUUGGGACAACGUCAAUUGGGAUUCACUUCCAUCUCCGUCAUGAACUACGUUGCCAAGAUGUUGGAUAUGCCUCCCAUGAGAGUCUACGAAGUAGCUACUUUCUACACCAUGUAUAAUAGAAGACCAAUGGGAAAAUACAACUUACAAAUCUGUACCACUACACCAUGUCAGUUAUGUGGAUCAGACGAAAUAAUGGAAGCUGUGACUUCCCACUUGAAAGUGAAGCCUGGUCAGACUACUCCAGAUGGCUUGUUUACCGUACAAGAAGUUGAAUGCUUGGGAGCUUGUGUCAAUGCGCCAAUGUUGGCCGUUAAUGAUGACUACUAUGAAGAUUUGACCGGAUCCAAGACGGUGGAUCUUUUGAAGCAAUUACAAGCUGGUAAGGAAUUGAAGGAAUGUGGACCAGUGAGUGGAAGAGAGUCUUGUGAGCCAUACAGUGGAGCCAAAGUAUUGUUGGGAGCCAAGCCAACCGACAUAAGAAAAUUCACAAGAGCCGACUUGUAGACAUAGCAUAGGGGCCUGACUCCGAUAUUUAUAGUAAUACACAUUAGAUGAAGCAAGC